UUUUUCUCUCCUCUCCCUUUCUAUAACAUUCAAAAAAAGGAAAAAAAAAGGUUUCAUCUGUGAAACCCUAAUUUGUAAUACUGGAAGAAAUUCUCAUUGUAUAUGCAAACUCCAGGGUUUAAUGAUUUCUACUGUUGGUCCUUCGAGUUGAUGAUUGAGUGAAAUUGCUGGUUUAUUUAUUUAUCAGAAAUGUAGAAAAACUUAGGUAAAAUUCACAAUUUUUGAGUAAUAAUUUGAAGGAAAUGUGAGUGAGUUUUUGAUUAAAAUAUUUGAUUCUUACUGUUUUUCUGUUGUUGUUGAUUAAAAUAGUUGAUUACUAUGAUGAUUAGUUAAUGAAUUAAUGAUGGAUAGCAAUUGUGAAGCUGGAGAUGAUCAGGGUUCAGGAUGGUUAGAAGUCAAAAAGAAACAUAGAUCUAGUCCAAAAUACUCUUCCCAAGGUUUAGUAGGGGGUUUUUCUAAUAGACGGCCAUCCAGCUCUUCGCACAAUCAGUCUUCGGGGAGCAGCCGAAAUGGAAAUGUUCAUUCUAAAGGUGGCAAAUGUUCUAGAGUUGGACAAGAAUUUGCCAGGCAUGGUCAGGUAAUUGGUGACUAUUCAUGUUCGGGUUUAAAACAAUUAGAGAAGGCUGAUGACGAUUCCUGUUCGGGUUUAAAACAAGGUGAUAAAAUUUCUAGAGUUGCGCAAGAAUUUGCUAGACAUGGUCACGAUUCAUGUUCGGGUUUAAAACAAUUAGAGAAGGCUGGUGACGAUUCUUCUUCGGGUUCAAAGCAAGUAGAGAAGGCCAUUGGCAAUUCUUGUUCGAGUUUAAAAGAAGUGGAGAAGGCUAGUGACAAUUCUUGUUCGGGUUCAAAAGAGGUAGAGAAGGUUGUUGAUUGUCUUGAUAAAUGUGUUGUUAAUGAAGCUGGUGAACUCCCUAAGUCAUCUCCAUUUGGAACUGAACCUAGUAUGGAUACGACCGGGGAAACACGAAUUACUCAAAAGGAAAAGUUGGAUGUAGUUAUUCCCAAAAUCAAGUGGGGUGACCUUGAAGACGAUGCUUUGCUUUUGUGUGGUGCGAAUUCUGAGAAAAUUACAUUUGGUAAUCUUGGACAUGAUGAUACUCUGUUGGUGGAAAAGAAUGGAGAUGGUUCUUCUUCUAAUGCUUUCCAAGAGGACAAAGCAGUGCUGACUUCAUUGGAUAUGAGCGACAACGGUUAUGAAAAUAAUUCUACAGAAAUCAGUGGCAUAUCUUCCCAUGAUGUGGCAAUAGCAGAUUCAGACGAGAAAGUGGCUGGCCGAAACAAUGUAGUCUUGCCAAUUAACUGUGAUGCUCCAGACGGUUUGGACUUCGACAAUGUAGUUACUGAAAAGAAUCUUUCUACUGAUGCUAAUGGGGUCUCUAAGAUAGUGGCAAAUCAACCUGAGGAUAAAUUUGAAGAUGGUUAUCAGGAAAUAGCUGAGAUAGUUACAUGUGGAAAUGAUACAGUUUUAUCCCCAAUUCUGAAGAGUGGUUCAGAAGCUUCAGAUGCUGUACCGGAAGCUUCAGAUGAUUUGUCAGUCGCUCCUGUUGAAGAUUUGAAUCAGUCACAGGAUGGAACAGAAAAUGCUGACCUAUCCGAGGUUCCAUUUAUGAAUGCUAUGGGAGAUGGUGAUUCAGGUGAAAGCAAAGAAAGGUUUAGGGAACGACUAUGGUGCUUUCUCUUUGAGAAUCUUAACAGAGCAGUUGAUGAACUGUAUCUUCUUUGUGAACUGGAAUGUGACUUGGAGCAGAUGAAAGAAGCUCUUCUUGUCCUGGAAGAAGCUGGUUCGGAUUUUCGGGAACUAAAAUCCAGAGUUGAAGGAUUUGAGAAAGCAAAAAAAUCUUCCCAGCCUUCUUUGGAUGGGCUGCCAAUGAGCGUGACAGCUGACCACCGUAGGCCGCAUACUUUCUCAUGGGAGGUUAGAAGAAUGACAUCUUCAGCUCACAGAGCGGAAAUACUGUCUUCAUCUCUUGAGGCUUUUAAGAAAAUACAGAAUGAAAGAGCUACAAUGAAUCCAAUUUACAAUGUAAAGACCUCAAACCCUGUUUGUGAAAAUCCUAAUGUUCGUAACGAUCCUUUGAGGAAGUCAUCUGGAAGGGAUGUUGUUACACAAAGUGCUACGGAAUCAAUAACCAAGUUAAGAAAAAAGAGCCGUGUUUCAGAUCAUGGUCUAGGGAACAUGAUUACAGAGAAAAGAAACAUAGAUGGAGGAAGGUCGAGUAAAGUAUCUUUAGUACAAAAUAGCUGCCACACAAAAAACAGUUUAUCCAUUUGUGGCCCUAGUGCAUCUCACUUAUCUCUGAAGGAUAGUUCUGCAGCAGGAAAAUGUAACAAUGAACCACUUGGAUCAGCUUCCGAUUUGAUGAAGCAGCAGCCGAGAAAGGAUAAAAUAUCGACAGAAAUUAAGGCUGAAAAAACCCUGAAGUACAUGGAUCCCUUGAAAAGGCAUAUUCCUCUUCCAGAUAAGGAGAAGGAAAAGGAUAAGAGGAAUACACCAUCAUGGAAAGACAUGGAUGCCUGGAAGGAGAAGAGAAACUGGGAAGAUAUACUUGCAUCUCCGUUGCGUGGCUCUUCUCGAGUUUCACAUUCACCGGGCAUGAGCAGGAAAAGUGUGGAGCGUGCACGUGUUUUGCAUGAUAAACUAAUGUCUCCUGAAAAGAAGAAAAAAACUGCUUUGGAUCUGAAAAAGGAAGCAGAAGAGAAGCAUGCUCGUGCGAUGAGAAUCAGGAGCGAGUUAGAGAAUGAGAGAGCCCAAAAACUUCAGCGUACAUCGGAGAAAUUGAACCGUGUCAACGAGUGGCAGGCUGUUCGUAAUUUGAAGUUACGAGAAGGGAUGCAUGCUCGCCAUCAGCGUGGUGAGUCCCGGCACGAAGCUCAUCUGGCUCAAGUUGUGAGAAGAGCUGGUGAUGAAAGCAGUAAGGUUAAUGAGGUACGAUUCAUUACUUCUUUAAAUGAAGAUCAUAAAAAGUUCAUAUUGCGCCAGAAACUUCAAGAAUCAGAGCAAAGGAGAGCUGAAAAGAUGCAAAUCAUUAAGAGCAAGCAGAAGGAGGAUAUGGCAAGAGAAGAGGCUGUGUUAGAACGAAGGAGGCUUCUUGAAGCCGAAAAGUUGCAACGCCUCGCUGACAUACAACGGAAAAAAGAAGUGGCUCAAGUAAGAAAAGAAGAAGAACGCAAGGCAUCAAGUGCAGCCCGUGAGGCAAGAGCCAUAGAACAAUUACGGAGAAAAGAAGUUAGGGCAAAAGCACAACAAGAAGAAGCCGAACUCUUAGCACAGAAGUUAGCUGAGAGACUACGUGAAAGUGAACACCGCCGGAAAGUUUACUUGGAGCAGAUAAGGGAGAGGGCCUCCAUGGAUUUUAGAGACCAAUCUUCACCUUUGCUGCGCCGUUCUCUGAACAAGGAGAGCCUGGGUAGAUCAAUAUCCGCAAGCAACAUUGAAGAUUACCAAUCAAGCAUCUCAGGUACAGGAUGUUCUUCUAUUGGGUCGGGCAAUACAACCAUGCAGAAUCCUCUGAAGCGGAGGAUCAAAAAGAUCAGGCAAAGGCUAAUGGCUCUAAAAUAUGAAUUCCCUGAGACCCCAGUUAGUGCUGAAAGCACAGGCAUCGGAUACAGAGCUCAACUAGGAACUGCAAGGGCAAAAAUUGGAAGAUGGGUACAAGAGCUCCAGAGGCUUCGACAAGCCAGAAAAGAAGGGGCUGCAAGUAUAGGAUUAAUAGUAGCCGAUAUGAUUAAGUACAUGGAGGGAAAAGAACCAGAGCUUAAUGCAUCUCGCCAAGCACGUUUACUUGAUUUUAUUGCUUCUGCACUGCCUGCUUCUCACACAUCAAAGCCUGAAGCUUGUCAGGUGACUAUAUAUCUUUUAAGACUUCUGAAAGUGGUGUUGUCUAUUCCUUCGAACCGGAGUUAUUUUCUCGCUCAGAAUCUUCUGCCUCCAAUCAUCCCGAUGCUGUCUGCAGCUCUUGAGAAUUAUAUCAAGAUUGCAGCAUCAUUGGGUGUCCCUGGGACCACCAACCCAUUGUCAAGCAAAACAUCUCCUGAGAAUUUCGAGACCGUCUCUGAGGUACUAGAAGGAUUCGUAUGGACUGUCACGACAAUUAUUGGUCAUGUUAGCUCUGAUGAAAAGCAGCUUCAGAUGCAGGAUGGCCUACUUGAGCUAGUGAUUGCUUAUCAAGUUAUCCAUCGGUUGCGAGAUCUCUUUGCCCUCUAUGAUAGGCCCCAAGUUGAAGGCUCCCCCUUUUCUUCUUCUAUUAUUUUAAGUUUAAAUCUGUUGGCUGUUUUGACAUCGAAGCCGAGACCAACAUCUUCAAUUGAUUGGGAAUCUUUUCCAUCUAAAGUCGAUGAAAAUCAAGAAUCUAAACUCAUAGAUUUUGCUGAUCUGGGGGAUACCUCUUUGAAUGCGGCAACUGGAGAUAAUAGAUUCUCGUUAUCUGUACUAGAAGUUAUUGCAGAACAACCCCUUUUAGAUGGGGCAGAGGACUGCAAAUUGGUUGAUAUGGAAAAAGAGCUGAUGGAUGCUCCAGGUGAAGCUCGUAAAAGUCCGGCGGGAAGAUAUGUCAAACUCCCAUCCCAGAAGGAUGAAAUAAAUUCCAGGGACAUUAGUGCACAAAAGAGUGAAAACAACCAAGGUGUAAAGCAGCCUGUAGCAUUUCUUCUCUCCGUGGUCGCUGAAACAGGACUCGUCAGCCUUCCUUCAUUGUUAACAGCUGUGCUGUUACAGGCAAACACCAGAUUGUCCACUGACCAGGCCUUAUAUGUUCUUCCAUCAAAUUUUGAAGAAGUUGCAACUGGUGUUCUUAAGGUGUUGAACAAUUUGGCGCUCUUGGAUAUCAAGUUGAUGCAAAGGAUGCUAGCUAGGCCAGACUUGAAAAUGGAAUUCUUCCAUUUGAUGAGUUUUCUUCUCACACACUGCACAAAUAAGUGGAGAGUAGCUAGUGAUCAGGUGGGUCUACUUCUCCUCGAGUCUCUGUUGCUUCUUGGCUACUUUGCCUUGUUUCAUUCUGGGAAUCAAGCAGUCCUUCGGUGGGGAAAGAGUCCAACCAUUCUCCACAAGGUUUGUGAUCUCCCUUUCAUGUUCUUCAGCGACCCAGAGUUGAUGCCCAUCUUGGCUGGAACAUUAGUCGCUGCUUGUUAUGGUUGUGAGCAGAACAAGGACGUGGUUCAACAAGAGCUCAGUAUAGAUAUGCUGCUGUCAUUGCUCAAAUCAUGCAAAAAUGGGUUGUUUGCACUUCAAUCUGAUCUCUCGCCACCUUUAGAUAACAUUUCUACAGCAGAUGAUCCAUGUGAGGUUAGUCAUCAGUCAGGACCUGAACCUAAAAGGUUUCAGGGUGAAUUAUCUGCUGCAAGAUCUAGCCGUUACAAUUCGAGAAACAUUCGCUUGUUAUCUUCAGGAAAAGCAGGGCCUGUUGGCAGCAGUAGCAGAGGGGGGAAGAUGAGAAACCAUAAGGAUAACAACAAACCAACCAAAACUUGUGAAGACUGGGCUGUCAAGCACAAUCUACCAGCAGCAGAAGCAUCCUCUUCAUUCAUGUUGCAUAGUAGAUUCCCCAGCGCCUUUAUUGAUAAAGCAGAGGAGUUCUUUUCAAGCUCCAAUGAUGCAUCUAUUGUCUGACAGUAAUGGUUCAGCACACAUGUAUAUUUUUGCAAGUACUGGGACUAUUCUGUUAUCAGAUAUUCAGUAGAGUUAUCAAGGAAAGUUCAAGAAACUGGAUCAUCCGUCUUCGUAAGAGUUGAGUAUGGGAAACCAAAAGGUUAAUAAUUUAAUCAAGUUCAAAGAAACUAGUUCUUUUUGCCACCUUGUCUUACUUCUUCCAGUUUUGUUCACUAAGUAACACAAAUUCACAGGCAGGGUAGAGUCCUGAAAAUGUAUCUUCUUCUAAUGUCUGGGCACUAUUGUCCUGAAACAUACAUAUUGUUUUCUCUUCUCUGUAUGUAAUUAUUAAAAUAAAAUUAAUUAAUGAUAUAAAGAUUACAGAUGA